AGGUCAACCUGGUCUUCAGAGAAUGUUCUAGACUAGCCAGAGCUAUACAGAGAAACCCUGUGUAGGGGUGGGGUGGGGGUUGAAAGUGGAAAGAUAUUGACGCCCACAUGAAUAGAGCCCAGCCUAUGAUCCCAUGGGUAGUGAAGAGAAAUGGGGGCGCUGCCACUGCUUAACCCCCAAGGGAAAGUUGCUGGUUUAGGGGGGCAGCCAGGGCCCCCAGGAGAAAGGCCGAGAAGCUAAGCCGGAAAUCCCAUUAAUUGUAUCCAACACCCUUGAGGAGGGCAGGCUCAGAAAGGAUGUCAGCUCUGUCCUCUCCCCCAUCUAAGGUGCUAAUUCCCUCUGAGCCUCUCAGAGGCAUCUCUUUAGUCUUUAGGUGAAAAGCAGAGGUUGGUUCUAGUCAGAUAAUCCUGUACAUGCAGUGCCAGAAAUACCCACAAGGUGGCCCUAGAGGACUUCCUUAUUUUGGUCUGGCUGUAUAAUAAAGGCUCUAUAAACAAGAAUCUUGGGGAAUCCCCACUUGAAUAACUGAUGUAGGAUGUAGGUCCCUUUUGUUAUUUCCAACCAUUUCCCCCUAGGGGUCUUCAAGACUUUACUUUGGAUAGAAAUGAGGGCAAGUGUAGCUAGAGUUCUAACUGGCACCCCAGAGCUCUGAUCCAAAGGAGGUGGUCAGUGCUGGUCACUGCGGCUCUGAGGCACAGCUUCCCUUCCAGGUGCUGGUGAAUCCGGGAAGAGCACCAUUGUCAAGCAGAUGAAGAUUAUCCACCAGGAUGGUUAUUCGCUGGAAGAAUGCCUCGAGUUCAUUGCCAUCAUUUAUGGCAACACUCUGCAGUCCAUCCUGGCCAUUGUUCGGGCUAUGACCACGCUCAACAUUCAGUAUGGAGACUCCGCACGACAGGAUGAUGCCCGGAAGUUGAUGCACAUGGCGGAUACCAUUGAAGAAGGCACGAUGCCCAAGGAGAUGUCUGACAUCAUUCAGCGUUUGUGGAAAGACUCGGGCAUCCAAGCCUGCUUUGAACGUGCCUCAGAGUACCAGCUUAAUGACUCUGCUGGCUACUACCUUUCAGACCUCGAGCGUCUGGUGGCUCCAGGGUAUGUGCCCACUGAGCAGGACGUGUUGCGUUCUCGUGUCAAAACCACUGGCAUCAUCGAGACACAGUUCUCCUUCAAGGACCUCAACUUCAGAAUGUUCGAUGUGGGCGGGCAGCGGUCCGAGCGCAAAAAGUGGAUCCACUGCUUUGAGGGUGUGACCUGCAUUAUUUUCAUCGCCGCACUGAGCGCUUAUGACAUGGUGCUGGUGGAGGACGACGAAGUGAACCGAAUGCACGAGAGCCUGCACCUGUUCAACAGCAUCUGCAACCAUCGCUACUUCGCCACGACAUCCAUUGUGCUCUUCCUCAACAAGAAGGACGUUUUCUCUGAGAAGAUAAAAAAGGCACACCUCAGCAUCUGCUUUCCCGAUUACGAUGGACCUAACACUUACGAGGAUGCCGGCAACUACAUCAAAGUGCAGUUCCUCGAGCUUAACAUGCGACGUGACGUGAAGGAGAUCUACUCUCACAUGACGUGCGCCACCGACACACAGAACGUCAAGUUCGUCUUUGACGCUGUCACCGACAUUAUCAUCAAGGAGAACCUCAAAGACUGCGGGCUCUUCUGAGAUGGGAUCCUAGCUAGCCAGAUCUUCCACCGUCCUUCUCGAUGCCAGAAAUCAUGUGUGUCCCUUGCUCUGAGACUCUGUAGCCCAGCUUUCCUGUAGUCCCCUCCAAUAACUCCUGUGCCUCAACCUGCUGCUCCCUUAGCCACACAUCCAAAGCCCUGAGGCUUGAAGUGCGGACCCUCCCCUAGGUCCCCAAUCCCGCCCUUCACCGCCUGGCUGCACUGGCCUCUUGGACCCACAGCAGCUAGCCUCAGCUAGGACAAGGCAGAACUUGGGACAGCUGGAGCUCACAGUGACUCAGCAAUGCCCCAGUGACCCAGGUCUCCUGACGCCCUUCUGCCACCCCCACCAGCAGCAGCUCACCUGGUGGAUCUAGGUUCAGCAAACAGCCCGCCCUCCCUCCCCAGCUUUCAUGAAGGGCUUGAGGUAUCCCUCCCUCAAGCAGGCCUGUCACUUGCCAGCAGGUCUUUCCAGCCUGCUCCCUGCAUAUGACAAGUCCAACAUCUGUCCACCCAGUGGUCAGUGACUGUCCCUUCCAGUAACCCAAGGGAUCCAAAGUUCAAGCUCUGGUCUUUUGUAGCCUCACAUAGAUAAAUUAGUGACUUUGAGAUGGGUGCCAGGGAGAGACACAAGCCAAACCUAUUCCCAAAUACCAGGCUCAGGGUCUCUCCCAGUCCCUGUCCCUCUGGGUCUUCCCUCUCUGUCCUUGAACACUUCCACACCCCACCUCGUUCGCCCCCACACAAUACUCAGGGUUUUCUGAUCAAGGUAUGGUGUAUUGAAGGAGAGUACAUUGACAUCCGCUAUGACCAAUAACCAAGCUAUGCUGAGGGGUGGCUGAGGGCAGAGUCCAAUGCCUAUUGAUCAACCACGGGCAAAGAAUAUCCCAUGUGAAGUCGCAGGCAAUCCCAUGUGACUCUGUUCUCCCUCCUAAUUCAGGGCCCAGUCCUUGGGAGAGAGAAGUGAAAACCAGGCCUGAACCAUUAGAGACAAUGUCCCACGUCCUCCAGCCACUUCCGCUUUCUUCGUCAAGCAGCAAGUCUUUGCUUAAGCCUGUGGACCAGAGGCAGUGCUACUGUCUGAGACACAGUGAUUCUGUCCAGCAAGGCUAGGGCGUAAUCUGUACUUCCUCAGCUACGUGCCCAGACUCAGCAAUAAACCU